AUGGCAGAGAACAAAGAAGAAGAUGUUAAUCUUGGAGCAAACAAGUACAGAGAGACUCAGCCAUUGGGGACAGCUGCUCAAACAGACAAGGAUUACAAGGAGCCACCACCAGCUCCUCUGUUUGAACCAGGGGAAUUGUCAUCGUGGUCUUUUUACAGAGCUGGAAUUGCUGAGUUUAUGGCUACUUUCUUGUUCUUGUACAUAACUAUCUUGACUGUUAUGGGACUUAAAAGGUCUGAUAGUUUGUGUUCUUCUGUGGGUAUUCAAGGAGUUGCUUGGGCUUUUGGUGGUAUGAUCUUUGCUUUGGUUUACUGUACUGCUGGUAUCUCAGGAGGACACAUUAAUCCAGCUGUGACAUUUGGUCUGUUCUUGGCAAGGAAACUGUCUUUAACAAGGGCAGUGUUCUAUAUAGUGAUGCAGUGCCUUGGUGCCAUCUGUGGUGCUGGUGUUGUGAAGGGUUUCAUGGUUGGACCCUAUGAGAGACUUCAGGGUGGUGCUAAUUUUGUUAGUCCUGGCUACACCAAAGGUGAUGGACUUGGUGCUGAGAUUAUUGGCACUUUUGUCCUUGUCUACACUGUUUUCUCUGCCACUGAUGCCAAAAGAAGUGCUAGAGAUUCACAUGUUCCUAUUUUGGCACCUCUUCCAAUUGGAUUCGCGGUGUUCUUGGUUCAUUUGGCCACCAUCCCAAUCACCGGAACUGGCAUCAACCCUGCCAGGAGUCUUGGAGCUGCUAUCAUCUACAACAAAGACCAGGCAUGGGAUGACCACUGGAUCUUCUGGGUUGGACCAUUCAUUGGAGCAGCUCUUGCUGCAGUUUACCAUCAGAUAAUCAUCAGAGCUAUUCCAUUCAAGAGCAGCAGGUCUUGA